AUGUACAUCCUACGAAGCAUUGCCUUGUCUUUGCUUGCCGCGCCUUUCGUACAGGCAGGUCCGAAAAGACCUUCUCCACCCCCAGCAGCCGCAGCAUCAACUGCGAGCAUCCAGGAGGCAACAUUCCAGCAGUUGCUUGAUCAUAAGAAUCCAAGUCUUGGAACAUUUUCUCAGCGAUAUUGGUACAAUGCAGAAUGGUGGGCGGGUCCAGGAUCCCCAGUGGUGCUUUUUACACCCGGUGAGGAGUCAGCCGAUGGAUAUCAGGGAUAUCUGAAUAAUCAAACUAUCACUGGUCUCUAUGGGCAGGAAAUCGAAGGAGCUGUGGUUCUAAUUGAGCGUAGAGUAUCCCUUUGUCACGACGGGAGAUUACCAAGAAACCGAUAUUGGGGUGAAUCCUCACCAUAUGCUGAGCUGACUACCGAGAACUUGCAAUAUUUGACUCUGGAAAACAGUAUUGCCGACCUUGUCUACUUCGCUAAGAACGUGAAAUUGCCGUUCGACAAGAACGGUAGCAGCAACGCUCAAAAUGCCUGUAUUUUUAUGAAGCCUUGGGUGCUCAGUGGAGGCUCUUACAGUGGAGCUUUGACUGCCUGGACAGAGUCGACUUCUCCAGGAACAUUCUGGGCUUAUCAUGCCUCCAGUGCCCCCGUGGAAGCCAUUUAUGACUACUGGCAAUACUUCAAGCCCGUCCAGGAAGGCAUGGCGAAGAACUGCAGUCGAGAUGUCUCUCGGGUGGUGGACUAUGUGGAUCGCGUUGCUACUGCUGGUACCAAGGAGCAGCAGCAAAAACUCAAAGAGCUGUUUGGACUCGGCGAUCUAGAGCAUUUCGAUGAUUUUGCCGCUGCGCUCGAGAAUGGCCCAUGGUUGUGGCAGUCAAACGCUUUCUAUACCGGAUAUUCCGAGUACUACCAGUUCUGUGACUAUGUCGAGGGCGUUCAACCAGGAGCAAGCGUCGUCCCUGGACCAGAGGGCGUUGGCCUGAAGCAGGCGCUUCGUGGAUAUGCGAAAUGGUUCAAAACUGUUUACUUCCCGGAAUCAUGUGCAAACUAUGGCUAUUGGAAUAGCAACACCACUACCGCCUGUUAUGACACUUAUGAUGCCUCGAGUCCUAUAUUCACAGAUUUGGCCGUCAACAACACGAUCGACAGGCAAUGGCAAUGGCUUCUUUGCAACGAGCCAUUCUUUUACUGGCAAGACGGUGCUCCUUCUAAUGUUCCCUCGAUUGUCUCUCGAACAGUCAAUGGAGCGUACUGGGAGAGACAAUGCCCUCUGUUCUUCCCAACAGUUAAUGGUUACACCUUCGGUAGUGCCAAGGGUAAGACUGCAGCUGAUGUGAACAAAUGGACCAAGGGCUGGGAUUUAACUGACACUACUCGCUUGACCUGGACCAAUGGACAAUUCGAUCCUUGGAGAGAAUCUACUGUUUCUUCUGAAUUCCGCCCUGGAGGUCCUCUUUCCUCUCGUCCUUCAGCUCCUGUCAACAUUAUCCCAGGCGGAUUCCACUGCUCAGAUCUACUAUUGAAGAACGCCGAUGUAAACGCUGGCGUGAAGAAGGUAGUUGAGACUGAAGUUGCUCAGAUCAAGGCUUGGGUGGCGGAGUACUAUAAGCAUUGA